CCCCCAUUUUUUUAAAAAAACUUCGUUUGCAGCCUCCUUUCAAAAAAAAAAAAAACUGAUAUUCCCUUUUACUCUCUCCCCCUUCUCUCUAUGGCCGGCCAGGGGGACACCCAAAUCGCCGUCCAUCGUACCAUCGCCAUAUCCGGCGGCCAACGGUGCGCGAGGGUGGGUAUUGAGCUCCGUUUCAAGGCGUGUUCGAAAGCCAAAAAGCUCCCAAUCCUCGAAAGCGCGAAGAGAACGGCACGAGAAGCCCUCCGACGAAGCGGUCACGGGACGAUGUCGGGCCGGCGCUUAGUCAACGGAGGAAAGAAGGGUUUCUUCUUCCAUUUCGGUGUAAACUUACAGACGAGCCUUGGGACGAGGCGCCUCGGGAUGAGGUACGGGCGACGUGGCCGAGGAGAGCAUAGGUGCAGCACACAUUAGGGUUUAGGCUUCUGUACAAAAGUUUAGGUGCAUGGGCUUGUUAUCUUUUUUUUUUUUAGUUUUGGGUUUGCAAAAAUUUGGAAUUGUGUUUUGGACUCUGGACUGGUGAUAUAUUUGGGCUUUUAGUUUGGGCUGGUUAAUGGUUUUGGGCCCAAGCAAAUUUGGGCUCUUACAACCCUUACUUUCCUUUCGUUAGUUAAUCUUCGCGAAAUAAACCAAACUGUCCUAAUAAAGGAAAAAGUGCUAAUUUCUGCCAA